AUGUUCGUCGACAGGUGGCUGCAGAGCUCAAUCAAUGUAGAAUCCGAGUCGGCCAACGACCGCCAGAGGUCACGGUCUAUCUUGCGGUCGCUGUACAAACGCGAGGGCGACCAUCAUCCCGACGAUUGCGCCGAGGAUCUCGGAGACGCGGACGCUGAUAAUUUCCCACAUAUGAUGCAUCUGCAGGCGCGGCUUCUCGAAGGCACGCCGCUCUGCAAGCGCGUGCUGCCGUGGUCUGGGCGGGGCCGCAAUGACAACAAGGGCAUCUGCGACAGGCUGUCUGGGGAGAGCACUACGUUCCUGCCCGAGCCACAGUCCGCACUGCGGACAAGCGCGCCUUCCUCGGCUUGGAACAACGCUGUCUUCAAGAGCAGGAACUCGACCGACCCCAUCACCGCCCGCGCGUGCAACUCGGGCGAUGCCGAGAAGAUGAAGCCCAUGCGCACUUACAAUUUCGCACGCAACGACAUUCCGUCACGGGGGCAGGUUCCGAAGGGCUCGGAGCGCGACCGCUUGCUGCCGACGCACAUGCCGAACAAGUUUCGCGACUCCGUCGACGACCCCACGCCCCCGCGCCCCUUACUCAAGGACCACGGGCUCGAGGCGGAGAUUGGCAGGCCCGAGUUCGCGAUCUGCCACUUGCUCAACUUCCUUGCCAACAGGUCAUCAGCGUCUUCGAGCGAGGGCCUCUCGCUGCACAGGCUGGCAGCGACCGGGGCGAAGACCACGGCGCAUUUGCUCGAGGCGUGGAUGGCCGAGUGGGGCAGGGUGAACGCGAGGUGGAGCAGACUAGGUCGCCCCGGGGCCAAUCUCCUCCAGAUCGGGGCCGCGAAGUCACGCAAGCAGAGAAUGCAGGCGCGCGUGGCCGCGCCCCCCUUCGACGCGUCGCUGCACGACCAGCUGUUCGCGGACGCUGCCACGUUCGGCGACCUCGCGGGACACGCGCACAACGUCUCCCACGACGCUUGCGCCCCCGCCGAGGACGCGCUCGCCAAGCCCGCCGAAGCCGAAGUGCCGAGCCGAUGCUGCCGCUACACUGUCUGCGAGGCAGCCAACUUGACCGCGCUGCGCGCCCGGCGCGACGCGGGGGUUGCCGUCGCGGGCGAGCGGCGCCAGGAGGGGCCGUCUGCGCGCGUGGAUCUCCUGGACCAAGCGGGCAAGGCCAGCGCCAUGAAAGACGGCUUCCUCCGCCCGACCUCCGUGCCAGAGUGCCCAGACAGCCGUGUCCUUCGCCGCGAGUACUACCAGCUCAACAAGAUCGGCCGCGCGUACGAGUCAGGCCCAGGGCUUCAUCAGUCCUGCGCCAGGGAGACGCGAAUCGUGGCGUUCAACGGCCUGGCGGUGGGUGAGUUCGACAUGAUCGCGGCGUUCUACCAGAUAUUCCUGGAGGCGCUGCGCCCGCACGUUCCAGAUGGCGCCGUUGAGCGCGACUUCGGGCGCGGCCAGGAGAUCCUGGCGGCCCAGUGUGACGAGCACAAGAAGGCGAGGAACCGCAAGGUUGCAUCCAUGGAGAAGGUGUUGCUGAAGGCGCAUCCAGGGUCGUCGGCACUGGCGCUGCACCUGCAGACGAUGGCAGACAAAAUCCUCGAGAGCAUGGCCGUUGCUACCAAAGGGCUGAACGCGUGCGUCUUGAGUCUGGUGUUCGGCGGCAUGUACGUGGCCAUGCCUUCCAUGUCCGACAUCGACGGGGUGUUCCAUGCGGUGGCCGACCACGAGAUGGAGAAGUUGCUGGGUAUCGAUUCGGCUGCGGCGGCCAGCGGCGCGCCCGAGGUCGGCGGGCUGCCUUGCACGCAGGAAGAGCAGCGCGGUCGCGAACCGUGCGGCGGGCUGAUCGGCGCUGCGGCGGCCAGCGGGGCGCCAGAGGGCGGCGGGCAGCUAGUCGCACAGGAGGAGCAACGCGACAUCGAGCCUGACACGCAGGAGCCGUCGAUGGCGGGGCGCUGGAAUGAGGGCGACGUGGCCGUCUCCAGUGCGGCCCACGGCGACGCAUGA